AAUGAGACCACUUUUGGGUGUUUUCUGUCUACAGGUGUAGAAACACGCCUCAGGCGAAGGGAACCACCCCAAGGUUUGUCUUUAGUCUUUAAAAGAAGGCUCUUCAGGUUAGUAAGCCAUUCCACUCUCAACACAGACGCCAGCAUCCGUCAUGCAACAGCCACUCGCCAGUAUGGAGAAGAAGAAGCUUUGGCUUGACGUGGACAUAGGGGUGGAUGAUGCCCAGGCCCUCAUGUUGGCCCUCGCCGCCCCCAACGUGGAGGUUUUGGGGAUCACCUGCUGCCACGGCAACACACCCCUGGAUAACGUGCUCAAGAACGCACUGCGGGUCCUGAAAGUCAGCGACCGGAUGGAUAUCCCGGUGUACCGUGGCUGUAAAGAUCCCCUGAUGGCCCAUAAGCGGCACGCUGGAGAUUACCACGGGAAGGACGGGCUGGGCGACGUCCCAGAUCCAGACGCUCCAGGCCUGGAACUGCUGCAGAAGAAAAAAGGAGUGAUGGCAAUGAUCAAGACUGUCAACCAAAACAAGGGCGAGGUGAUUCUGGUUGCUGUCGCGCCCCUCACUAACCUGGCCGUCGCAGUCCAACUGGACCCUAACUUCCCCAAGAAGCUGAAGGCGCUCUACAUCAUGGGAGGAAACACCGAAUCCAGGGGUAACACCACGGUGUGUGGAGAGUUCAACUUUGUGGCUGACCCCGAGGCUGCCUACAUCGUGUUGGACCGCUACACCUGUCCCACCUACAUCGCCACCUGGGAGUUCAGCUGCAGGAACAGCCUGCCGUGGUCUUUCUGUGAGGAGUGGCUGUCCCAAGACACUGAGAAGGCUCGCUUCAUGAAAAAGAUUGCGUGCCUUUCGAUGGAGAAAGCUCAGUCAGCAGAUUACCAAAAGGAGAUCACAACAGGAAAAGGGUUCAACUCAUGCGACUCCUACGCCAUGGCCGCCGCCAUCGACGACUCAUUCAUAACAGAGAAGGACGAGGUUGCAGUGACGGUGGAGCUGGAGGGGUCCAACACCCGAGGCAUGAUGGUGCUGGACUACAUGGAGCUGCUGAAGAAGAAGCACAAGGCCUUCAUCAUGAAGAAAGUCGACUUGGAGAAGCUCAAGCAGAUGUUCAUGGAUUCGCUGAAGUAGAAUGAUGCUGUAACAAGAUGAAAGUCGGUUCAAAAUAAAAGAUAAAAACAGCA